UUUCCGGUCCAGCCGCCGCCGCAAGGUCACUGGGGUGGAGUGUUCUGACCGCUUUGGGUUGUUUGGAACAUCUGGUAGUGACGCACUAUACAUGCGUUCUAGCGUGGUCGAACGUGUCUGUCCCAAUAUUGGCUCUCCUUCACACUCUGCCACGGCGGCACGUUAUCAGCAGCAGCAGCAGCAGCAGCAUCAUCGGCGAAGCCAAUAAGCGAUCGGCGGCUGUCAAACGGCAUCAAUCAAGAUGUGGCGCCACCUUCUUCAAAGCAGGCCUACCCUCAACCGACAUCCGUCCCUUAAACCCUUUUCUCUUUCAAGGGCACGCACACACAGAACACACAAAACACACACAUACGUUGUUGCGCGCGCGCACACACCGAGCGUGAUUCGCUUUUUCCCUCUCGCUCUCGAGAGACUCCGCCGCAGGAUUUUCCAAAUAUCGUUGUGUGAUUACAAGCACGUGGCACGGCAUAGUCACACACAUAGUGCGAACGAAGUGCGAAGCCAGAGAUUUAACGGUGAAUGAUUAGUAGUGCAAUAGAAGGGAAAACAGGGGUGUAAAAGAAGCGUGACGGGCAAAACAUGCGAGGUUCCAACGAUUCCAAUGGUGUCGGUACUUCCACCGAUGGUACCGGGACCGUGCCCGCUAUCGGCACGCUGACCGAUAGCGUCACCGACGCCGAAAGUCCUCGGAUACAGGAGCUAAGAGAGAAGUACGGCAAGAAGGCGCGGCGCGUUGUGACGCUCGAGGAGGACGAAGUGAAGUAUGAGGAGAUGUGUGACGAAGAUUACACGGAGCUGAUGGAGGAGCAGCACCGUCACCUCAGGCACUCGGAUGGAACGGUGAAGCUGCGCAACCCGAACAUCGAGCUCAUGGACCAGGACAUUCUGUAUCAUCUGGCGCUGGGCAGCGGAAGCCACGAUCUGCAUAAAAUGUUCGGCGAUGUUAAGUACGUGUGCAUGGGUGGCACGCCGAAGCGGAUGGAGAUGUUUGCGCAUUUCAUCAUGGACGAGAUCGGUUACAAGCUACCGGCCGGGACGCAGUUGCAGGACAUCAGCGCCUACUCGUACCGCUAUUCGAUGUACAAGGUCGGCCCGGUGCUCUCGGUGAGCCAUGGUAUGGGCGUACCGUCCGUCGGCAUACUACUGCACGAGCUGAUCAAGCUGAUGUACCACGCGAAGGUGAAGGACCCGUGCUUCAUCCGCAUCGGUACGUGCGGUGGCAUCGGCAUCGAUGGUGGCACCGUCGUCGUCACCGAGAGUGCGUAUGAUGGGUUGCUCCGGAACAGCUACGAACUGGCGAUCCUCGGCAAGAUUGAGCACCGUCCGGCGCUGCUGGAUCGGCGCCUGGCCCACCAUCUCGUCGGCCUGAAGUCGCCGGACGAUCCGUACGAAGCAAUCACCGGCAAGACGAUGUGCACUUACGACUUCUAUGAAGGUCAGGGACGGCUGGACGGUGCGUUCUGUAACUUUACCGAGGCAGACAAGAUGGAGUAUCUGCAGCGGCUCCGCGACUUUGGCAUCGUCAAUAUCGAGAUGGAGUGCACGAUCUUCGCCGCGCUCACGCACUACGCCGGCAUCCGGGCCGCGAUCGUGUGCGUGACGCUGCUGGACCGGCUGAAGGGCGACCAGGUGAUGGCACCGAAGGAGGUGAUGAUGGAGUGGCAGAAGCGUCCGCAGACGCUCGUUGCCCGCUUCAUCAAGAACGAUCUCGCCCGGCUCGGGCAGCUGCAGACGCUUGCCGCGGCCCCGUCCGCCAUCAAAUCGCCCCGGUGCUUCCAGUUCGUCCAGCAGGAAUCGCAGGCGCACGAGUAAGGCACCGACCGACUGACAACCGGGCACCGCGUGCAACACAUUCAGCCAAUCGAUAUUUUAGACCCGCAAUUUUGCUUCGGGUUCUGUCCCGUCGUAAUCACACGUGCUACUAUCCGCGCGACCAGAUCGCGUCUGGCGCUGGAUCUCCCUACUAUUAUACUAUCCAUCUACUCUCUCACACCCCCCCCCCCCCUUAAAAAACCCCUCAAAUGUAGAUGUUAAGAGCGGCUGAUGCUGAUGGCAGCUAUAAAUGGCGUACCGGGUUUGCUAUCUCCCGUCCCUGUUUGCAAACGCGCAUGUACAUUACAUUACAUACAGUAUAGCAACAUUCGUACGUACGAACUCAUUCAUUCCGGAGCCUACUUACACAUGAUUUCCUUACAUUCGUAUAUCAGCUAAUGUUGGAUGGAAUCGUUGUAAUCGCUAGCUGGUUUUUGUUUGGUUUCUUUGUGUUGCACAUCCUUUGUGAGGCGAAGGCAGCGGCAGGGACACACAAAGGAGGUGAAAGCCCGAUGGGUGCCCUUCACGCAGCUUGAUGAUGCACUCUCUAUCCACUAAACACAUAUCGACGAUCGAUGGACGUGCAGCAAACGUGUGCUUUUCUCGUUCCCUCUUUUUCUGGUCUUCGGCGCAUCCCCUGAAGAGUCAAGAAUUCCCUGUCGUACGCGUUCUGUUUUGUACAGCUGUAAUGGCUGCAGGCUGCGUGGUUUGAUGACUUCAGCAUAGAAGAGGCAUUAUUGUACAUGUUAUAAACAAAAAAGGCUAGUAGAAACACGAUAAUAAAGCAAAUAAGUUGAUCACCAUGA